CAAGGCGAGAGCCCUAUCUUUACAUUCUUCGCAUCGUCAGCACCGUUAUUAUCGUCUAGAAGAUGAUUGGGGGCAUGCUUGGGACAGAGAAGCUCCGAGAUGGACAAGGCAAGACGUAAGCCUGGAUUGGUAGCUUGGUUCUUAUUCUCGCUUGUUGUACGGUUAACGCUCUGGCUGAGGAUAUAAAGGCUGCUCAGACGUCCCAGAUAUGGCCAACCGUCAUCUUCUGUUCACCUAUCUGCCCUGAAGACAAAUCCAAAUGUAUAUCCCACCCCAAGGCAUCUACUUCAGACUACUUGGCCGUGUCAGUCAGUGCGUUCUGUUUGCGCGGAACGGGCCAGAGCCUUUAGUCUGGCAGUACAAAGGGCCGGAAUACGAGGACCAGCUUUUCACGCUUAUCCACGGCACGGGCUCGCAUGCAGGGCUCUACGCUAUCAAGAGCAAGUGUACCGGAAAGGUGCUCUUUUCACGCGGCUCCCCGCCGCCUAGAGUCGGACAAAUCGAAGGAGACGGGGCUCACCCGGACAACUGGUUCGACCUCGAAGAGGGAAGCGGCAAGUACGCGGGGGGUUUCCGCAUCCUGUGCUCUAGCACAGGCCUCGUUCUCUACUCGCGCACGAACGCAGAGCCUCUGUUCGGGAACCACCCCAAGGCAGACGUCGCUGCCGACCAGUACUUCAGUUUCAUUUUUGAGGACAUGAUUGUCAAGAGUGUCGACUAUAAACUGGAGCUCGGCAAGAUCCUCAACGUGACUCCACACGUGCUGGCGAACCAGACGCUCAGAAACAACUCCGACCGCGAGCAGGAGAUGGCGUUCGACUUUUCGGAGAAUGUCACUCAGACUUCGCUGUUCGAGUACACCACUGGCUUCACGGUUUCGGUGGGGACUGAGUUCUCAGUCGGAAUCCCUUUGGUCGCCGAGGGAAAGAUCAGUGUCUCGACGACCCUCAACAAUGAAUGGAGAUUCGGCAUCCAAAACACGUUCUCGAAGACCUACACUGCACAUUUCCCUGUCAAGGCGGGGCCUCAACAGACUGUUCACGCAGUGUCGACUGUUCAGCAGGGCACGCUCGAUGUGCCGUACACCAUGCACCUCGCCUCGAAGAGUGCGGGAGUUAAAGUGGAGAUGGAGGGUGUAUGGCGCGGCGUUUCUACGUGGGAAUUGCAUCAUGAUAUUAGCGUAGUUUGAACCUUAGUGUGGCUCUGGCGAAGACAGAGCGUACUGCAGCCUGAGGAUGUUGAUGUUGAUGUGUUGCUGGAUGCUUGGAUAUGAUACAUGUUGAAACAAC